UUAUAAACCAACGUGUGUUUUUUGCACCUGUGAGGAAUUCUUCCAAAACUCUUGAACGAUAAACUGUGCUGUCAAUUUGUGGUUGUCAGAAAAAAAAUAAACAUCAAAACAUUGAUCGAUCGAUUUGAUCACAAGUAUAAAAUGUUUUAAAUUGUAAGAAAUAAAGGUGCAAUCUAAAAGACAACGUAAUCAUGUUUAUUUUUGUGAAGAGAAAUAUUCUCCAGACUUUGUCGUUUAUAUCAGGCAUUGGUUUAGUAACAUGCAUCGUUUUACACUGCACCACAAAAAUUUCACCAUUAACUGGAAUAUCGUUUCCUGGUUACGUGCUAGGUGUAUUUCUCGUUUGCGUACAUAUUACUUUUAGGUUUAUUCAGGCUACGAUGCUUUUACACAAGCCAAUAAAGUAUGAUUUGGAUGUUAUAAUGGACGAGUAUCCGUAUAUGACGGUGGUGAACGAGUUGAUUCGGAAGCGGCGCAAGAAGAAGUCUCGUGUGUCGGAGAUUCGGGAGUAUGACACAGAUGAGCUGAGUGUGAUCUCGACGGUGCUGGAGCGCAAGCUGGUGUCGUCGUGGUACGUGCCCUACAUCUCUCAGGAGAUCGGGUUCCCCUUCGCGUGUAAACAAAUGUUGGAUCAAAUGAUUGGAAAGAGCUUUCAGAUCUGCAACAAGAUAGAAAUCAAAGAUGUGUACGUAGAUUUGACCACUAUCUUGACCAGUCACCUGAAUGAGUACCAGAGAGCUCAGAAACGUCAAGAGAACUCACUUAGUAUUCCAGUGGAAAACUUUUACAAAAAGUCUCACCCUGUAUUUAACCCUGCUAAUAAGCUUCAGCCUGCAGACCACUGUACCAACUUACUCCGCAUAGUAUUCAAAGAGUUGAUACCCUGGGAACUCUGGGACACCCCACAUUCGGAACUACUAGUACGCAUCUUAUCAAAGAAACUUGACAACUUUAUCGACAGCACUUUAGCCGACCCAAGAUGGCUGAACGAUAAGUUACUAACAAUUCUGCAAGGGAAACAGGAACCAACCGUAACUGAAGUGAAGAAAGAACCGGAAAAAGCCCCAGUACCUGAAGAAGUACCGAAGGAUAAAAAAUCUGAACCAGUCAAUACGGUAACGGAACCACCACCAGUAGUACCUAAAAGUACCGUUAUGCAAGUGGUUCAAGAGGAGCCAAAGGUUGAGACAGAAGUGGAAAAGAUAGAGAGUAUCGUAGAAGAAGUACCAGUGACUAGUACGGAGCCUGUUGAUAUAAAGACCUCGCCUGUUUUGAGGCAGAGGCGAGGCAGGCAAGGCAGGAAUGAAGUCAAGAUCUACGAUAGGAUUAUUGAAGGCAGUGUAAAGACCUGGGAGACAGACAUAGACCUGCAGUGCAUCAGCCUGGGCCAGGACCUGCUGGCCAGCCUGGAUGGGGAAAUCACUCUGUCUCGCUUGUGGGGGCACGAUAAUGAUGGAUCCCCCAACCCGCCACGAGGGAAGAGCCCGCAGCCGCUGUGGUUCGGCGAAGAAGAGACAAUAGAAGUGGACCCGCUAGACGCCAACAUAUUCAAAGACCAACAAACCAAGAAGGAGCAGAGUCCGAAGCCCGCGGACGCCUUGCUGAAGGACUUGCAAUCCACCGUCAGGGAGGCCAAGACCAAGAUAGGGGAUCUACAGGUGUCCCACACACUUGCCUUAGAUGUGCCCCGCAAGCAAAACUCCAGUGACGAAGCGGCCGGCAUGAUGGAAGGGCUCCUGGACUUCGGCAUCGCGGGCCUCAAGAAAGGACUCCGAUUUACCGGACUCAGCGAUGACUCGGACAAGUCUCCAUCGCACCGCGCCAGCGAUCGCUCGCCGCCGGCCGAGCCGCGCCCGAUGAUUGCCGAACAUAAGGAACCGCACACUAAGGAGAACAAUAACGGUCAUAGAGAUGAGAAUAACGUGCCACAAUUGGUGAAGCAGCACAGAGUGACGUCACAGGAUAUCGUGCCGUCGUUGCCGCGUGCUGUGCCCCGCGCCGAGGGGCUGCCGGCGCCGCUGCCGGACUCGCCCGAGCCGGAGUACGAGGAGGCGGCCGACCUCUCCACCAGCAUCGCCAAGCUGCGCUGUCUGCUGCAGCAGCGCGCCGAGACCAGCCCCAGGGCGGAGCGCGCGGAGGAGGUGUGGUGGGAGAGCGCGGAGGAGACACGCGGCCGCGCGCAGCAGCACCACUCGCUGCGGCCCGUCGACACCGCCACGCUCGCCGAUGAGUACGAUAUGAACAUGGACAGGAACUCCUCACCCAGUCAAACUUCUAACAACAUGCAGAGACUCGACAAACUGUUCCAGCGCACAGUGACAGGUGUGUUCAACUCGCUGAAGACGGCGGUAGGCGCCGAGGGCGAGCAACCGACUCGCACGCUACACGACUGGACUUAUGUCGCUACGGCUAUAGAUCUUAAUGUGUGCGGCGCGGUGUCGCGGCUGGUGGGCUCGCGCCGCGCGUGCUCGCACGUGGAGGCGGCGCUGGACUCGCUCGCGCAGCUGCCCGCCCGCCGCCGCCUGCCCGCGCACGAGCCCGUCGACUAUGAGGAGUGGUGCGCGGCGUGCGGCGCGGGCUGGAGCGGCUCGUGCGCGGUGCUGGCGGCCGCGGGGCUCGUCAGGUCACAUGUCGCGCACAGGCUGGCCACCAUGAUCAUUGCUGACAUAGGCGAGGCUCUCAUAGACGUCUGGCUGUCGGACUUAGCAGCCUGGCUGCGGAAGCAGGUGUUCGUGGUCUUCGAACAGAUGCAGAAGGACAGCGACUACUUCCAGCCCAAGGAGAACUUGAGGCCUUUCAACCUGGAUGAGACCUGCGAGGUGCUGAUGGAGAAAUUGCCAGCUGUAAUGUACGCGUUUGGAGCCGAGAACCUGUCCCCGGCAGUCCGCCUCCUAGUCACCAGCCUGUCUUCCAAGCAGAUCAACAGUGACGUCACGUACCGCGCCCUCGACAUACUCGUCGCGCACUUUAAAAAAUCAGCCGCUCUCAGAAACCCUUCCUUUGAUAAUAAUUAGGUAACUUACCUACAGUAAUAUUGUUAACUUAUGUACAGUUUUGUCCGACUGCAAAGAAGUGUUUUAGCCCAAGAUCCAGCGUAUGCUACACCUUCCUUAUUUUAUAAAGGAUGACACUUUGUGUGUGCAUAUCUACUUUACAGUGGGUAUGAAAGACAGAUUAUUACAAAGUAUGACUGUAUUUUGAAGUCUUGGUAAUGGAAUCUUCUAAAUGGUCAAUGAUUAUAAGUAAAAAGUAUGUAUAAGAUACUUGAUUUCGUGCCAAUUUUAAGUGAUCAAAAUCAAUUUAAGAAAUCUUGUGAAAUCCGUGAUUGGUUGACAUGUUGAUGAUUUCAUAUAAUACACAUCUAUUCCACUAUGAUAUCAAUAGUUUUAGAGUAACAGAUCUCUUUGAUAUAACUUACUGUAAUUAUUUUAAUAUUUUACAUGUUCUCUACUUACCACCGAGAUUAAAGUACAUACUUUUAACCAGUGGAGCAGCGUGGCUGUCCGUUGCCCGGGGCAAGAUACGAUGAUAUGAUGAUGAUGAUGAUGUUGAUGAUGAUGAUAAGGAAUAGUGAGUGUACCUGUCUGCGCAAAUGCUCGUGCACUAUCAUGUCCUGUGCGGCUGAUCUUAUAGAGGACAGCUGCCGUGGCCGACAAUCGGCAGGACGCCAUUAUUAUUAUUUUUUAGUUAUGUAUGGUUCUAGUCUAAUUUCAGAUCUGAUGUUAAACUGCUGAGAUUUAAAAAAAAUAUCGUGAUUUUAUUUUAUUUUGUUUGAUGUUAUAAUAAUAAUGUGAAUUGACAUUCCGUUUUUAUACUUAGUUGUAAACUUUAUUUUAUUAUAUGAUAAGCAAAUUAAUGUACCUACCAUGUUUAAUCGUUAUUAAUAAAGAAUUUCAUGAAUUCAAUA